AUGUCUACACCUAGAUUUUCCAGUGAUACCAUGGCCAACCCAAGAAGGAAAUGUAAGGUCAUCACAGUAAGAAGUAGAAGGAUUGUAGAAGAAGCACCCCCAAGCCAGAGCAACCAAGACGAAGUAGCUACAAAGGAACCUGAAACCAAGAAAGAAGAAGAGACCCUUGCACCAUCCUCACCAAAGCAAGUUCUAAAACUCUAUGUGCCACAAGCACUCUACCCACAAAGGCUGAGGAAGGAUGGGAAAGACAACCAGUUCUCUAGAUUCUUAGAAAUCUUCAAGAAGCUCCAGAUCAACAUACCUUUUGCUGAGGCACUAGAGCAAAUGCUACUUUAUGCUAAAUUUUUAAAGGAGCUCAUGACAAGGAAGAGGAACUGGGGUGAAAAAGAAACCAUAGUGUUGACUGAGGAGUGCAGUGCCACCAUACAAAAGAAACUUCUUCAAAAGAUGAAAGACCCUGGGAGCUUCCCAAUUCCCUGCAUCAUAGGUGAUAUCAACAUUGAGAAAGCAUUGUGCAAUCUGGGGGCUAGCAUCAACCUCAUUGGACGAUUUGUUGGUGAAACUGGGAGAGUUCAUCUUCCAGCUGAUUUUGUUGUUCUUGACAUGGAGGAAGAAGCCAACACAUCAAUCAUCCUAGGAAGGCCAUUCCUAGUUACUGCUGGAGCCAUUAUCGAUGUUCAAAAAGGGGAGCUAGUCUUGAGAUUGCAUGAGGAGAGGAUAGUCUUCAAUGUCUUCAAGGCCAUGAGUUACCCCAAGGAAUCCAUUGGAGAAUGCAUGAUGGUGGACACAAUUGAAGAUCUUGUUCAAAGAGUCCUAGAGGAAGAACAAUGUGAAGUAAUCACAAAGCAAGAUCAACAAGCUCCAUGUGGUGAACUACCACUAGAGACUAUGGAAAGACCAAUUAUGCUGGACAAGACAAGUAACAUGGAAGUGGAGACACCAAAAUUGGAACUAAAGGCCCUGCCUCCAAGCUUGAAAUAUGCUUACUUGGGUGAUAACAACACAUACCCAAUGAUCAUCAAUUCAAGUUUGAAUGAACAACAAGAAGAGGAGCUAAUCCAAGUACUAAAACAACACAAGGUUGCUAUAGGGUGGACACUUGCAGACUUAAAGGGGAUCAGCCCUUCAAUGUGCAUGCACAAAAUCUUACUUGAAAAAGAUUAUGUGUCAAAGUGGGUAGAAGCUAUAGCCACAGCAACAAAUGACAACAAGGUUAUGAUAAGCUUCUUGAGAAGAAAUAUCUUCAGCCGAUUUGGAGUUCCUAGAGCCCUUAUUAGUGAUGGAGGGACACACUUCAACAACAAGUAA